AUGAAUCUAUUGGGAAACCCAAUUUUCUCAAUCAUCGGAUGGAUAAUCGCUUUCGUCCUCGUCUUUCUCGAAAUCCCUUUGUUGGCUCGAUGCUGUCCAUCAAACCCGACAUUUGACAACUUUAUCAAAUUCUUUGAACGAAAUGUAACUCGAGUAUUCCUAUACGCUGCAUUUGCCGUACUGGAAUGGCUGUCUCUCCUUAUCAGGGCCGACACACUCAUUUUGUGUGCCAUUACCUUGUCGGCGACAUUUUUCUUUUAUCUCGUUGCGAUGUUUAAGAGGGGUGAGUGGAAAUCCCCUUUUCUCUCGCUUUUUUAUGCAUUUCGCUCACACCCUCUCUUCAUUAGAAACACCAACCAAGAGCAGCCUCACUGGUGGCAUGGGCAUGCAAGGCGUAUAAGUCAGGGGGACUUUUUAGAGAAAUUUUAUUGUCUACUCUGUCUUCAAACUCUUUUUAUACCUUGGGGGGCCUCGCCGUUAAAAAUAAUCCAACAUCUUCUUAUCGGGGCAAACACCUUUUAUCAUAUUUUCGCAAUCCCUUUUUAA